AUGCCCAGCUACGACUUCCUUUUGACUUAUAAGCAAUGGACCAGGACUAGUCGCACUGCACUCACCCAACGCCGCCUAGGCCGACCGGCCCUAUUCUCAAUCCUGGAACUGAGCUUUUCUCCUGAAUUCGAUCAAGUAGAAUUUUGCGACUGUCAGAGUCUCGAUCGCGCGGGAAUGGGAGAGUUGACUGAGACCUCGUCGGGGUUUCUGGUCGCUCUCGGGGGAUGGGUGGAGAACGGACAUUAG